AUGCGGCUCAAACAUUGGAAAACAGCAGCCUUUGCGGCCGCCUCCAUUGUCUCCCAGGUGGAGGCCGGCUUUUGGAACUUUGGUCGUGAUACAUCGUCGUCGACAAGGCCGCCGACCAAGGACCAGUUUAUUGAGUCCUUGAUCUCCAAACUUACCCUGGAAGAUCUAGACCAAACGAUGCAUCUCAGUCCGAAAUCCCCCAUUGGAACCAUCCACGACUGGUACCCCAUGAACAAGUCUUAUUUUAACGUUCUCCAGAAGCUCCAGCUGGACAAUUCUCACGUAAAGAUCCCAAUGAUGCUUGUAGAAGAGUGUCUGCACGGCGUGGGCUCGUUCAAGCAAUCCAUCUUCCCUCAGAACAUUGCGAUGGCGGCCUCCUUUGACACCGACAUUGUGUACCGGGUCGGAAGAGCCAUCGGAACGGAAGCGCGUUCGAUUGGCAUUCAUGGCUGUUUCUCACCGGUCCUUGAUCUCGCACAAGACCCUCGAUGGGGAAGAGUUCAGGAAGACUUUGGAGAAGACAAGAUAUUGACAUCCCACAUUGGCUCGGCUUAUUCUUCCGGUUUGUCCAAGAACAAGACGUGGUCCGACCCGGACGCUGUCUUUCCCAUCAUGAAGCACUUUGCCGCUCAUGGCGCCGCUCAAGCCGGCCACAACACAGCACCGUUUACAGGUCUUGGGCCUCGACAGAUUAAGCAAGAUCUUCUUGUUCCCUUCAAGGCAAAUUAUGAUUUGGGAGGAGCGAGGGGCGUGAUGAUGGCCUAUAAUGAAAUUGAUGGCGUGCCGAGUUGCGUCAACCCGAUGCUGUACGAGGUGCUGGAUGACUGGGGCUACGACGGCAUUGUCAUCGGCGAUGAUACGGCCAUGCGUAACCUCCUCACACAGCAUAGAGUUACCACCUCUGAAGCAGACACGCUCCAGCAGUGGUACAACGCAGGUGGACAAAUUGAUUUCUACGAUUUCGAUUUGGACAGCAAGAUCAAUAUCACCAAAGCCCUUGUCGCCAACGGGACUGUACCCCUCAAGACGCUUCAAUCCCAUGUCCGCAAGAUUCUGGGCGUCAAAUGGGACCUUGGCCUCUUUGAGAAUCCCUAUAUCCCGGAGCACAUUGAUCCUCUCGCGGUUGUCGCCAGCCAUCAAGACGUUGCCCUGGAGGCCGCGCACAAAAGUAUCAUUUUGCUCAAGAAUGACAACCGGACACUCCCGCUGAGCUCCCCAAAGAAGAUUGCUCUCAUCGGGCCUUUUGCCGAUACCAUUAAUCUCGGCGACUACUCUGGUGCGCUUGGACAGUAUCCCGCAAAGUACACGCAAACACUUCGGGAGGGCGUCUUGCGCCAUGCAAACAAAUCCGGCCACACAGUUCGCACCAGUUGGGGCACGAAUUCGUGGGAAUACAACAACCAAUAUGUCAUCCCAGGCUACCUCCUCUCUACCAAUGGCAAGCCUGGCGGCCUAAAGGCCACAUACUAUGCACAUACCAACUUUACCUCUCCCAAGGCCACGCGAGUUGAGGUUCCCGCGCAGGAUUGGGGCCUCUAUCCUCCGCCUGGUCUUUCUUCCAACAACUUUAGUGCCGUCUGGGAGGGUGAAUUGGAAUCACCUACUGACCUCGACGUCAACGGAUGGAUUGGUCUUGCAAUUGGACCAAACAGCACUUCAAAGCUUUACGUCGACGGAAAGCUGAUCUCGUCCAAAGGCUACAGCGGUUCAGGGAACCUCCUGGGGACGAUUGAGGGGUAUGCCUGGACACAGGCCAAUUCCACUCUUCCUCCUCAGGGCGGCGUUGAGUUUACGUUCAAGAAGAAUGCCAAGCACCACGUCCGCAUCGAGUUCCAGUCGUGGAACAACUACAAGAAGACGGCCAACGUCAACUCUGUCAACUCGCAGCUCAUCUUUUGGUGGAACCUUGUGUCUCCCAACGGCAAAGCCCUUGAUCAAGCUGUGUCUAUUGCCAAAGACAGCGAUGUUGUCAUUCUCGCAGUGGGCGCUGCUUGGAAUAGUGACGGAGAGUCGGGUGAUCGCGGCACCCUAGGACUUGCGCCCAGUCAAGACGAACUGGCAAGGGAAGUAUUUGCACUCGGCAAACCCGUGGUGCUUGUCCUCGAGGGCGGAAGACCAUCGGCCAUUCCCGACCACUACGGAAACUCUUCUGCGGUUCUGAGUACAUUCUUCGGUGGUCAAGCUGGUGGACAGGCGAUUGCCGAUGUACUCUUUGGCGACUUCAACCCGGGAGCACGCGUGCCGAUUACAGUACCCUGGUCGGUUGGACAGAUCCCAGCGUACUACAACUACAAGCCAUCUGCCCGAGCGGCCCAGUACCUUGACAUUCCGUCGGAGCCCAUAUACCCCUUUGGAUACGGCCUCUCUUAUACCACCUUUUCGACAUCUUCUCCCACUGCAUCUGUCAGCGGCAGCUCAAAGAGGUCCAGCGUCGAUGCUCAAACAAGUCAGUCCUUUGGCUCGGGUGAUUGGAUUACCUUUUCAGUGACUGUGAAGAACACUGGCUCGGUUGCUGGAAGCUAUGUAGCGCAGGUGUACCUUUUGGGUCGCGUAUCGACGAUUACCCAGCCAGUGAAGCAGCUGGUCGGCUUCCAGCGUGUCUAUCUGGAAGCUGGGCAGAAGAAGACUGCGAACAUCCAGCUCGAAGUUGACAGGUAUCUCAAGAUAAUCAACAGGAAGGACGAGUGGGAGCUCGAGAAAGGAAGCUACACUUUUGCUUUGUUGGAGCAUGGGGGAAGCAACGCCGACACGUCCAAGAAUGUGACGCUGCAGUGCGUUGGUUGA